UCUCACUGCCCCUCCUCCCCUAGCUCUGGGAGCCUCUGCCUCAGGCAGCAGGAAAUAGGGUUCCGGGAGUGGAUUAGUUUUGGGUUUCACUUAAUCUGGGAGGCCCUUCCGCAAUUGGAGCCCUCACAGGUGACAAACUGAUAUAAAUCUGCUUAGGAGGCCUGAUUCAGAGUUGCAGGAUGGAGCCAGGCGGGGGAGCCAAGCUGCUGUGGCUGCUGCUGCUUCUGCGGGCGACGCAUUUCCCAUGUGCACAGGCAGAUGGCUGGAACGGCUACGCGGCGGUCAUCGAAGUGACCAACGGGGGUCCCUGGGGCGACUGGGCCUGGUCUGAGAUGUGUCCUGACGGAUUCUUCGCCAGCGGGUUCUCGCUUAAGGUGGAGCCUCCCCAGGGCAUUCCUGGCGAUGACACUGCACUGAAUGGGAUCAGGCUGCACUGCGGGCGCGGGAACGUCCUAGGCAACACGCACGUGGUAGAGUCGCAGUCUGGAAGCUGGGGCGAAUGGAGUGAGCCGCUGUGGUGUCGCGGCGGCGCCUACCUAGUGGCUUUCUCGCUUCGCGUGGAGGCACCCACGACUCUCGGUGACAACACAGCAGCGAACAACGUGCGCUUCCGCUGUUCAGACGGCGAGGAACUGCAGGGGCCUGGGCUGAGCUGGGGAGACUUUGGAGACUGGAGUGACCCUUGCCCCAAGGGCGUGUGCGGCCUGCAGACCAAGAUCCAGGGACCUAGAGGCUUCAGCGAUGACACUGCGCUGAACGACGUGCGCUUAUUCUGCUGCGUCAAUUGAACGGGGCCGCCGCCACCGCCGCUCUCUCCCGGGCCAGGAGGCUAGUCUCACUUCCUGCUAUUAAAGCUUCUCCGAAUUGA